AUGUUGGCUACGGUGAAAAAGUACGUUAGGGCUGAGCGCCCCGUCGGCCCCGUCGGCCACAACCUUGCCCAGGUCCUUCCAAAUGCUUCGGGCGCUUGGUACAAGCAAAGCCAUCUCGUCGGCCUGAAUGUGUUACUCGUCAAUGCGGCAAUGCUCUCCGCAGCGAAUGGAUACGAGACCAGUAUGAUAUUCGGGUUCCUGGCCUUGCCAGAGUGGGAUGAAUUCAUGGGCGGCCCGUCUGGUUCUUGGCUCGGCUUCAUCAUCGCUAUUCAGUCUCUCUCCUCAUUCGUUGUAUAUCCCUUGGUCGCUUGGACAGCCAAUCGCUGGGGCCGGAAGCCAGGAAUAUACAUUGGUUACUUCUUCCUUCUUGUUGGCGCCUUCCUCCAGGGCUUCACACCUAACUCGGCUGGAUUCAUCAUUAGCCGUGCCUUGCUUGGUCAGCCUGGGGCUUGGUGGAGUGGCCUUGCACCACUUCUCAUUACCGAACUAGCUUACCCAACCCACCGAGCUUUUUUUACUUCUCUAUACGAGUGCAAUUGGUACAUUGGGUCGAUCCUGGCAGCUUGGGUUACAUACGGCACCAGGAGCUAUGGUAGCAAUUGGGUUUGGCGCAUUCCCUCCUUUGUACAGCUCGCUAUUCCCAUAGCGCUUCUGCCUGGCCUCUUCCUGAUCCCAGAGUCUCCUCGAUUCCUUGUAUCCAAAGGGAAACUGGAACGAGCGCGCCAAAUUCUCACCAAAUACCAUACCCUUGGUGAUGAGAAGUCUCCUCUCAUUGACUUCGAGAUUUCCGAAAUCGAGCGUGCCAUCGAACUGGAGCACAAGAUCAGACAGAAUACUUCGUACCUCGAUCUUUUCCGCACACCAGCCAACCGUUACCGCGCAUUCCUCUCCAUCACGGUCGGCAUCUUCUCCCACUGGAACGGGAUCGAAGUAGUGACGUAUUAUCUAUCACUGGUACUCGACACCGCUGGAAUCACCGACGUCACUCGCCAGACACUGAUCAACGCAUGCCUUCAAAUCUGGGGCUUUAUAUUUGCGAUUGUUGGUGCUCUCAGCGUUGAUAAAACUGGACGGCGUCCCUUGUGGCUAUUAGGGGCUGCGGGCAUGCUGUUCAGCUUUAUGGUUAUUUCUGGUCUGACUGGAGGCUUUGCAAGACAUGGUGAUGAAGCUGUCGGCAUAGCAGUUAUUCCAUUCCUCUUCGUAUACAAUGCUUUCUAUGCCGCGGGAGUACCGCCGCUUAUGCUUACCUACGUUACGGAGAUGUGGCCCUAUAACCUUCGUUCUCGGGGUUUGGCCUUGACACAGCAGUGCAUCCUGCUCGCCACAUUUUUCAACGUAAUUGUAAAUCCUAUCGCGCUCGGUGCGAUUGGGUGGAAAUACUAUCUGGUCUUCGUUGCGAUGCUCGUGAUCAUUCUGAUCACGGUCUAUCUCUUUUAUCCCGAGACAAAAGGGCUUUCGCUCGAGGAGGUGGCGAUUAUCUUUGAUGGGAAAAAAGCCCGAGUGAUAGCAGAAGGCACUGUGGCCACCAACGACUCUAGUGGUGUCGCCGGUGACGAGCUUGUGCAGAGUCCAUCAGGAGAUGGCCACUUGAAGAGUCACAUGUAG